AACGGAGGAGGUGGGACGAGCCCUACAGGGGGACAAAUUAUUUUUGGCUUUAGCAACGAUCAGACCAAGGAGAAGGGGGGGGGGGUAAGUGCUCCUGAAGUGGACAUUUCAUCAAGACUCAGCUUGUUUUUCCUCCUUCCACUCUGUCUCAUUUGUGGGUUUUGUCAGGCCGAUGCAAUGACCGUGGGGAACAUGGAGAACGCUCAGCUCUUUGAUGCCGGGAAGAAGGGUCGAGGCCUGAGGGCCACCAAGGAUUUCAACACGGGGGAUGUGAUAUUCGCCGAACCCAGCUACGCCGCUGUGGUCUUUGAUAGUUUUGCAGCCCAGGUGUGCCACAGCUGUUUUCGACAUCAGGCCAACCUGCACCGCUGCGCUCAGUGCAGGUUCGCUCACUACUGCGACCGAACCUGUCAGACUGCCUGCUGGGAUGAGCACAAGAAAGAAUGUGGAGCCAUCAAGAAGUUAGGCAAAGCCCCAAGCCAAACUAUACGCCUGGCAGCUCAGGUGCUCUGGCGCUUGCACAAGGACAAAGGCCGGGCGUCUGACAGCCAGCUGCUAUCUGUGGAUCAGCUGCAGCACCACGUGGAUGACCUGGCCGAGGAGGACCUCAAGAAGCUCACCGCUGACGUGCACAGCUUCCUUGAGUACUGGUCUCACGGAAGGAACCAGCCCUCUGCUGACUUCAUUUCUCAGAUCUUUACCAUUAUCAAGUGUAAUGGAUUUACCAUCAGUGACCAGAGGGGUCUUCAGGCGGUUGGUGUGGGACUUUUUCCCAACCUGUGUCUGGUCAAUCAUGACUGCUGGCCCAACUGUACAGCCGUCCUCAACCAUGGGAACCAGUCAGCUGUCAGUUCUGCUCUUCACUCUCAGAGGAGGAUCGAGCUUCGGGCUCUGGGGAAAAUAGCCGAGGGAGAGGAGCUGACCGUCAGCUACGUCGACUUCCUGAACCCGUCUGCUGACCGGCAGAAGCAGCUGAGGGAUCUGUUUUACUUUGAGUGCACCUGUAAGCGCUGCACCGAGCACAUCGGCGACGAUCUGAUGGCCGCGGCCGCAGACGGACAACCCUCUAGUGAUAAAGUGAAAGAAGUCACCGCCUUCAGUAAAGAGUGCCUGGAGAAGAUCGAAAAGUCCCGAGUUGACUGUGAUUACAACGAGGUUUUGAAACUGUGUCGCGAGUGUUUAGAGAAGCAGAAGGACGUGUUGGCCGACACUCACUUGUAUAAGCUGCGUGUGCUGAACGUCGCCAGUGAAGUCGUCUCGUACUUUAAGCUGUUCCCCGAAGCUGCAGACUACACCCACCAAAUGCUGAAGGGAUACAUGAAGUUGUACCAUCCCAAUUGCGCCCAAUUAGGGAUGGCUGUUAUGAGAGCGGGAGUCACCCACUGGCAUGCGGGGCAGAUUGAACUGGGCCAUAGCAUGAUAUGCAAGGCCUACGGUAUCCUGAUGGUCACCCACGGACCCAACCACUCCAUCACCAGAGACCUGGAGUCCAUGCGCCUACAGACUGAGAUGGAGCUGAAGAUGUUCAAGCAGAACGAGCAUGCUCUGAAGAGCGAGGCCCUGACCAGCGGAGGCUCGACUGCUAAAAAGAUUUAAAAUUGUGGAUGCACUGACAAAAUUCAUACAAAUUCAUAUCCUGAGUCACUUCUCAGUAACUGCUAUUAAUCCCUGUGCUUAGCGUCUAUAUCACACAUACUCCACAGCAUCUUCAAUAAAACUGGAGAUAAUUGCACUGUGAUUUUGAUUGUAUCUUUUGUCUUAUUAUCGAUAUUAGCAUUAAAGAUAAUUUAAAUCGU